ACUACAGCCGAGAGGGCCGGGGCCGGGAAGACAGCGGAGGACCAGGGCUGAGAGCCAGGGGCAGGGUCGCCCAGGGCCUGCGCAAGGCAUUGUGGCCUGGGCCACGGCGGGUCACUCUGAACUGCCACUAAUUUAGGAGGGGGGACAGUGUUGCUUAGGACUCCUUUGGCCAUGGGCAGGAACCCCAGGGGUUUGGGAAGAAAACACAGAGAGAAAGAAUGAAGCACGCUCCUCAGAACCCCUCUGGUGGAGGUUCUGCAGCAACAGCUGCAGGGAGGCUCCUAUGUUUGGGGCAGAUGGGGUGGAAGUGGUCCUGGGCCAGGUGAAGAGCAGAAGGAUGCCCAGCUGAUCAGACACCUGCAUCCUGCCAUCUGGGAGGGGGUGGGGGCAGUGAGCUCUGAGUGAACGAGUUCCAGCACCUGAGUGCAUGAAGGGGCGUGUGUGCGCACGCGCAGGCACCUCUCCGCGUGAGUCUUAAUCCAUAUCAGUAUUUCUCUGCCUUUUUUGACACCCCACUAAGGAAAUUUUAUGACCUGUUUUUCCUAAUCCUUCUUCCCCCUUGAAAUGUUAAAACUACGGAUUUACUGUAUAUGUUUAGGUGCUGUGGCCCUUUAGAGAGCCACAAACCACUGUAGUAGCUAAGACGUUUCCGGACCCCACCCCAAGAACCAUUUUUCACCCCCAUUCAGAAUGCCCGGUCUACACCUGCAUUUUGCAGGUCUGCCCAGGCCCUGUGGCCCUCACCUUUGUCAGUCCUGUACCUUCCUGUCGCAGGUACAAAGAUAGCAUCUGCCUCUUGUCCGUCAUCACGUGUCUGGGUGUGUCUGUCCAUGGACCUCUGUGUGUAUGUCCAACCGAUUGCCUUUGUGAGCAUGUCACACAGGCAGAUCCGGGUGUGUGUGCCUGAAGGCUGGGCCCGUGUCAGUCCAGGUGUGUUUUGGGCAGGAUGGAGGGUGGCGCAGGUGUGCCUCUGUGACUGUGUGUGUCUCAGUGCCCAUCCAUGCUUGCAGGGCCCUGGCUUCUGUCCAUGCGGGUCCCUAUGGUGUGCGCCUGCUCCUUCUGGCUGGGUCUAGAUCUGUCACAUUUCAUACCAGCAUUUGCAUGUGUCUGACCGUGCAUGUGUCUGUCCGUGGGAAGAGAGUGUUGAAAGUCAGCCACUUGGAAACCUUGGCUCCAACCCUGAGGCGACCCACAGAGCAGCCGGGUGCCAGGAGCUUACUCACCCCAAACCCUGGUCCUUCCUGGCCCCUCUCCGAACCCCGCCAGUAGUGCCCAGCUCUUCUCUCACCUCCACCUACUCCAGAAGCCCCCCAGGAUGAGACCCCCUCCCCCUGAGGGAACAGGGCUCUUUUGUACUGGGCUUGGUCCUCAGGAGGGUUGGCUGACCGACAGCUUCAAGUGGGACCAGAAGACAUUCCCAACUCAGGGAGACGGAGCUGUUGCUCACUCGCUGUACAAAAUGAUAUUCCUCACGGCGCUGCCUCUGUUUUGGAUCAUGAUUUCAGCCUCUCGCGGGGGUCACUGGGGGGCCUGGAUGCCCUCGUCCAUCUCAGCCUUCGAGGGCACGUGCGUCUCCAUCCCCUGCCGCUUCGACUUCCCGGAUGAGCUGCGGCCGGCGGUCGUGCAUGGCGUCUGGUACUUCAAUAGCCCCUACCCGAAAAACUACCCGCCGGUGGUCUUCAAGUCACGCACCCAAGUGGUCCACGAGAGCUUCCAGGGCCGCAGCCGCCUCCUGGGGGACCUGGGCCUGCGCAACUGCACCCUCCUGCUCAGCAACCUCAGCCCCGAGCUGGGCGGCAAGUACUACUUUCGCGGGGACCUCGGCGGCUACAACCAGUACACCUUCUCCGAGCACAGUGUCCUGGACAUCAUCAACACCCCGAACAUUGUGGUCCCCCCGGAAGUGGUGGCAGGCACAGAAGUGGAGGUCAGCUGCAUGGUGCCCGACAACUGCCCAGAGCUGCACCCAGAGCUGAGCUGGCUGGGCCACGACGGGCUGGGGGAGCCCACUGUGCUGGGGCGACUGCGCGAGGACGAGGGUACAUGGGUGCAGGUGUCGCUGCUGCACUUCGUGCCCACCAGGGAGGCCAACGGCCACCGGCUGGGCUGCCAGGCCUCCUUCCCCAACACCACCCUGCAGUUCGAGGGCUACGCCAGCCUGGACGUCAAGUAUCCCCCGGUGAUUGUGGACGUGAACUCCUCGGUGGAGGCCAUCGAGGGCUCCCACGUCAGCCUGCUCUGUGGGGCUGACAGCAACCCGCCGCCGCUGCUGACCUGGAUGCGGGACGGCACGGUGCUCCGGGAAGCCGUGGCCGAGAGCCUGUCCCUGGAGCUGGAGGAGGUGACCCCCGCAGAGGACGGCGUCUACGCCUGCCUGGCCGAGAACGCCUACGGCCAGGACAACCGCACCGUGGGGCUCAGCGUCAUGUAUGCACCCUGGAAGCCGACGGUGAACGGGACAGUGGUGGCCGUGGAGGGGGAGACAGUCUCCAUCUUGUGCUCCACACAGAGCAACCCGGAUCCUAUUCUCACCAUCUUCAAGGAGAAGCAGAUUCUGGCCACGGUCAUCUAUGAGAACGAGCUGCAGCUGGAAUUGCCCGCCGUCACGCCUGAGGAUGACGGGGAGUACUGGUGCGUGGCCGAGAACCAGUAUGGCCAGAGGGCCACCGCCUUCAACCUGUCUGUGGAGUUUGCCCCCGUGAUCCUCCUGGAGUCCCACUGUGCGGCGGCCCGAGACACGGUGCAGUGCCUGUGUGUGGUCAAAUCCAACCCGGAGCCGACCGUGGCCUUCGAGCUGCCCUCGCGCAACGUGACCGUGAACGAGACAGAGCGGGAGUUCGUGUACUCUGAGCGCAGUGGCCUCCUGCUCACCAGCAUCCUCACGCUGCGGGGGCAGGCCCAGGCCCCACCCCGGGUCAUCUGCACCUCCAGCAACCUCUACGGCACCAAGAGUCUGGAGCUGCCCUUCCAGGGAGCCCACCGCUUGAUGUGGGCCAAGAUCGGGCCCGUGGGGGCCGUGGUCGCCUUUGCCAUCCUAAUUGCCAUCGUCUGCUACAUCACCCAGACACGCAGAAAAAAGAACGUGACAGAGAGCCCCAGCUUCUCGGCGGGGGACAACCCCCCGGUCCUGUUCAGCAGCGAUUUCCGCAUCUCCGGGGCACCAGAGAAGUAUGAGAGUGAGAGGCGCCUGGGAUCUGAGAGGAGGCUGCUGGGUCUUCGGGGGGAACCCCCAGAGCUGGACCUGAGCUAUUCUCACUCAGACCUGGGAAAACGACCCACCAAGGACAGCUACACCCUGACGGAGGAGCUAGCCGAGUAUGCUGAAAUCCGUGUCAAGUGAGGGAGCUGGGGGCAGCCCGUGUGGCCACCCCCCCCUCAGGACCCUCGCUGGCCCCCACUGGCUGUGGGCUCCCUUUCUCCCAAAAGUAGUGGGGGCUGGGGCAGGAAAGGGAUGGGGCAGAUGACCGUGAGGUCCCGGGGGGGCCUGGCCUCCCCCUCCUUCCCAGCUGCCCCUGCCCUGCCAGACCCCCCACCUCUGCAUUGUGGCUCCCCUCUAACCCUCUUUAACCUCAUCUGUCUGGAGGGGAGCUCCGUCUGUCCGUGUUAUUUAUUGCUACCCCCUGCCUGGUCUCCCGCCCCUCCCCCACCUGGCCCCAGGGCCUGUACAGAGGGACAUGAAAUAAAUGCCCUGAAGCCAAA